AUGCUCUCAACAGAGGGCAGUUGUUCUCGGUUUUCGCCAACUAACUAUCCGCAACUUCAAAAUUUACUUAGAAAAGAUCCAUCCAGCUAUUAUGAAGAAUUUCUACAACAAGAGAGGCACUUCCACAUGCUCUUUGAUCUUUACUUUAAAGAUAUAGCAUUCUAUUCCUCCUUCAAUGUAUCUUCCUCCUCUUCUACGCUUACUUCCCUUGUUACUUUCCUUGCACACACAGCUGGUUGUUAUCAGGGCAAAGGACUGCAUCUCUCUUCAUUUAUUCGCCAAUUGAUAGAAAUUAUAAGGAUAAGCAUUGAGCGGAACGACACCCCAGCUUUGGCCAAGACGCUGCUUCCUUCUCUUAUAAUCGCCCGUCAUAAGUGCAUGGACGAAGAAAGCAAGCGUUUGAUCGUUGAUUUCUUGUUUGAAAUUUUAUCUAAAAUCCCAGAUCUUGUGUAUGGAUAUUUGGUCCAAGAGGCCAAAACGUCCCCCAAUGACAAGUCUUUUAAAAGAAGAAUUACCUCUACGCUCUCAAAAAAGUCUGAAGAUCCACAAAACCAACAGCAUGCCGUUCUGGCAUUGCGGAUUGGAGUCGAAAUGUUUACCCGGUUUAAAUCAUGGCAGGAAACCGAGGUGAUUCGAGUUAUUUCUGAGUGCGCUCUUUCGAAUUGUGUCAAAGUUUCUCUGUUUGCGAUCAAUUUUUUUCUUGGAGGGAUAACCACUUGUCCCACCAACGAUUCGGGAGAUGCUAACCAUCAGGAGGUUCUUUUUGCUCUUCGCCACUCGCUCCAUACAUCCGGAAAGAGCAGAGCAAAGCUUAGAAAAGAAAAAACCGCCAUAAAAAAGUUGAACGAAAAUGCAACGGAAAAAGAAGAUCAGGUGCCCUCAGGAAAUGUAAAUCUUAUUGCCUUGAAUCUUCUCCCGGAUCCUGAUGACUUCUGCGAGCGCCUUGGAAGCAUUAUAAACGAGAAACAGGGCACCGCCCCACGUUCCUACGAGCACCGGUUGCUAAUUAUCCGCCUCCAAUCUUGCCUGAUUUCAAAUUUCAAGCUAAUUCUUCCCUCUUUUUACGAGAGAAUUUUAAGAUACCUCAAGCCGACGCAAAAGGACUGCACCAAGAUAUUGGCUUACAUUGCCAACGCAAUGCACGAAUCGCUCAAUGAUAUGCCUGAAAAUGGGGAUGCCCAGGAGGAGGCAUCUGAAAGUGACACGCUCCUUCAUCUCUUACACUCCGUGACGCUGACAAUAUCGCGCAAUUUUGUUGCAGAACAUUGCCGCCCAGAGGUCAUAACGGUGGGUCUAAAUGCGCUUCGUGAAAUUGCAUCCAGACUUCCACAGGCAAUUUCUAAAGAGGUUUUGGUGGAUGUCUUGACUCUUUCUUCGGAUGCAAAUGCUUCUAAAGCAAUGACACGAAAUAAGGGAGUCAAGAUGGCUGCAAAGUCCCUGCUUUCUCUUUACAGAACAAAGGCUCCGGAACAUCUUCUUGCUCGCCUUAGGGGACGUCCACCCCGAUCGGGCAAAAAACUGUCUGAAGCGGAGCCUGAUGAAUUCAAUGAAGCGAUUCAGGACGAUUUUGAUGUGCAUAUUUCUGGCGGUGAAUCUGAUGAAGAUUUUGAAGAUGAAUCGGACCUUGAAGAAGACGAAGAUUUGGAAUCUUUAGCAUCUGGCUACGAUUCAGAAGCCGAAUCUGAAGAGAAGCUGCAAGGCAUAUCAGAAUGUGAAUCAAAAAGUGAAGUUUCCCCCGAUCAGUCGAAAACAGACCUAAGAUCUGAAAUGACCUCGAGGUUUCUUUCUCCAGAGGAGCUACAGCUCCUCAAAGAGAACGAUUCAGAAGAUCAGGAAAAUAGUGAGGGAGAGGUUUCUUUGGGUCAAAUACAAAAGGGCGCAAAUGCUGGAGGAAAACCCUCGAAAGAGGAGCGAUUGCUUGUAGUAAAAGCUGGCCGAGAAGGGCGCACAUACGGAAAAAAACAUCACUCCUCGCAAACAACGAAAAGAAAGAAAACAAAGUCAUUUAUGAUGCUGGUACAUAAGCGCGGGGGCCCACUCUCCAAGUCCCAUCAAAAGGCUGGAGUAGGCUCAGCAUCAGCACCGGGCUCCUGCAAGCGGCAAAAGCGCCGUCGAUGA